GAGAAACUACAGCACACGGGAAGAGAGAGAGAGAGAGACGCAAAGAGAAGCACCUCGUUCACAGAGCGAGAAUCUUUCAACAAUAAUUCUGCUCCCUUGCCGCCGCUUUGCUUCUUGUCGGCUGCAGUUCUACUCCGCUUCCCUCCAAUCAUACGGCUCUUUGAUUAUCUUUCUUUUUCUCUAUGGACUGGAUCGCUUUGGUCUUCCUUUCCGGCGGAAGAGGAGGAGCAAGUGGACGAUGAGUAGAAGAAACUCUUUUCUCUGCUUCUACGAAACCACUGUUGCGCUGUUCUUGCUGUUAAUUUAUCCAAUUCUUCGAGGUUUGGAGUUUCCCGAGGAAAAGUAUAAAGUAUUCGUUGUACUCUACUCGUUCUCUGCCGCUGCUUCCCUGUCUUUUCUCUGUAUCGGGAUUUAGUGAUCGUCGCAUGUUAAUAUCACAUGUUAUAUAUGAAUUGGUUCGAAAAUUGCGUUCGGAAUGUUGUUGAUCAUGGAAAUCUUGGAUAUCUAUGAGCUGGUCUUUUCUGAGUUUGUUUUCAAUGUUUAUUGCCUUCAGAUUGGGACUUUAAAUUUGUGUUGGUAGUGUGGAAAUGUGGAUUUGGGUCGAAAUGUCUUUGAUUGGUUGGGAUUUUGAAGCCUAACGCACUGAAAGGAAUUGGAUUCUAGUCACUAUCAUCAUUCAGCUGGAUGGAAGUGUAACUUUUAGAUACCCAGAAAAUUAGCAGCAGUUGAUAAGAAAGUGACUAAUGGAUCGACACUUAAAGGAUCCUACUUCAGUAGAUGCUUCUAAAGACCUGGGUGGUGGAUGGAGGAUCCCGCGUGGAACUGAUGCAUAUCAUGCAUCAAAUGAUGCCAGCUUGUUUUCUAGCUCAUUGCCUGUCCUUCCACAUGAGAAGUUGAACUAUACUGACUCAGAUAACUGUGGUCAAUCUGUUGAUGAUGGCUUCUCUAGCUUAAAGAAACUUCAUCAAGAAGAUGAGAGCAAGGAUCCACUUGAUGAUAUUGAACCAAGUGCCAUUGGGAGUAUGCUUCCUGGUGAUGAAGAUGAGCUUUUAGCGGGCAUAAUGGAUGAUUUUGAUCUGAGUGGUUUGCCUACUCAACUAGAGGACAUGGAAGAUGAUUUUUUUGGUUGUGGGGGUGGGAUGGAAUUGGAUUUUGAGCCUCAGGAGAGCCUGAAUGCUGGCAUGUCAAAGUUAAGCUUGCCUGAUGUCAUUCCCGUGAAUGGAAUUGGUCAUUUUGGUCUUCCCAAUGGUGUGGCUACAGUUGCCGGGGAGCAUCCAUAUGGGGAACAUCCUUCAAGGACUUUAUUUGUAAGAAACAUCAAUAGUAAUGUUGAGGACACUGAGUUGAGAUCUCUUUUUGAGCAAUAUGGGGAUAUCAGAACUCUAUAUACUGCAUGCAAACAUCGGGGCUUUGUGAUGAUAUCUUAUUAUGAUAUCCGAGCAGCUCGAACUGCAAUGCGUGCAUUACAAAACAAACCCCUAAGACGAAGAAAACUUGAUAUCCAUUUUUCAAUUCCUAAGGAUAAUCCAUCAGAAAAGGACAUUAACCAAGGAACUCUUGUUGUGUUCAACUUGGAUGCAUCAGUAUCAAAUGAUGACCUUCGUCAAAUAUUUGGUGCUUAUGGGGAGGUCAAAGAGAUUAGGGAAACACCACACAAGCGACAUCAUAAGUUCAUUGAAUUUUAUGAUGUUAGAGCUGCAGAGGCAGCUCUCAAAGCUUUGAAUAGGAGUGACAUUGCUGGGAAACGCAUAAAGCUUGAACCCAGCCGACCUGGUGGAGCUCGUCGAAACUUAAUGCAGCAACUGAGUCAGGAGCUGGAACAGGAUGACACUCGAACUUUUCGACAUCAAGUAGGUUCACCUGUAGCAAACUCUCCACCAGGUAACUGGGUGCAUUUUGGUAGCCCAUCUGAGCACAAUCCUUUGCAAGGUUUUAACCAAUCAUCAGGCAUGGGAACACUCAGUCCAAUGAAGAGCAAUCAUAUGCCUGGUUUAGCCUCUAUUCUAUCACCCCAUGUUUCACACCCUACAAAGAUUGCACCUAUUGCGAAGGACCAGACAAAGAUCAGCCAUGUCAACCAGGUGAUUGGGAGUCCCAAAACAACUCAAGGAGUGGGUUAUCAGCUUUCUCAUUCAUUUCCUGAGCAAAGAUUAAGUGCAAGUCCUGGACCAAUGUCUUCUUUUGGUGAAUCAAAUUCUAAUUCCUCUGGAAUUGGGACACUCUCUGGUCCUCAAUUUCUUUGGGGAAGUCCCUCUCCUUUCUCAGAGCACGCCAGUUCUUCUGCCUGGCCAACAUCAUCAACAGGUCAUCCAUUUGCAUCCACUGCACAGGGACAAGGUUAUCCAUACACAACUCAUCAUGGUUCAUUCCUUGGCUCGCAUCACACGCAUCAUGUCGGAUCUGCUCCAUCUGGCGUCCCCCUUGAUAGGCAUUUUGGCUACUUCCCAGAGUCACCAGAGACAUCCUUUAUGAAUCCAGUUGGUUUUGGUGGCAUGGAUUUAAGUCGAAAAACUGCAAGUUAUGCAAUGACUAUGGGUGCCCAUCCAGCUAUGAGUGUUGGUGUUGCUUUGCCAGGAAAAAUGACUGAUACUGGUUCACUUGGUUCAAGAAUGAUGUCAUUGCCAAGAAAUGGUCCUUUGUUUUUUGGCAAUGGUACUUUUCAAGGAAUUGGAGCAACCAGCAAUGAGGGAUUGUUUGAACGUAGUCACAGUAGGAGGCUGGAGUACACUGUCAAUCAGAUGGACAACAAGAAACAGUAUCAACUUGAUUUGGAAAAGAUCAAGAGUGGUGAAGAUACUAGAACUACUUUAAUGAUCAAAAACAUCCCCAACAAGUAUACUUCAAAGAUGUUACUGGCAGCUAUUGAUGAGAACCAUCAGGGUACUUACGACUUUCUCUACCUGCCAAUUGAUUUUAAGAAUAAAUGCAAUGUUGGUUAUGCUUUCAUCAAUAUGGUGUCUCCAUCACACAUCAUUUCCUUCUAUGAGGCAUUCAAUGGGAAGAAGUGGGAAAAGUUUAAUAGUGAAAAAGUUGCUUCCUUGGCAUAUGCGAGAAUUCAAGGAAAGGUUGCCCUUGUUGCACACUUUCAGAAUUCUAGCCUAAUGAAUGAAGAUAAGCGGUGCCGUCCAAUUUUGUUCCAGUCAGAGGGUCAAGAGACUGCUGAGCAGGAACCACUUCUCUUCAGCAAUUUGAACAUAUGUAUUCGUCAGCCAGAUGGGUCCUACUCUGGGGAUGUGCUGGAGAGCCCAAAGGGUAAUCUGGAUGAGAAGCCGGAGAUGAGACGAGCUUCCUCUUAAUGGGUGGCUGGGUGCCAACUAGUACAGUGGUAUGCUAUAAACUAACUAGCCAUAUAAUGUUUGUAUUAUAGCAAGGUGUCCACGUUUUAGGUGACGGAUGCUACAAGUUCAUGCACUAGAGAACUGCAAAGGGGAGAGGCAGAAGCAUCAUUUGUUUGUAAGCAACAAAUUGAUAUUUAGGUAAGGAAGAAGAAUAAAAGGAGAGCGUGCGCCAAAAGUUAUGCUCGGACUGGUACUAUCUUGCCUUCUGUUGUGGAGUUAAUUUGUGAUGGGGUUUUUUCUUGUUUAUAUGUGCAAAAUGUGAGUACAUGCCUUAUUGGGGGGUAAAUAUCCAAAGGAUAUAGAGUUUGGGGGGUUGUUUUCUGGAAUUGUAAAGAAGGGAAGAGAAACAGACCCCGGGUGCUGUUUGUGCUCAGUCAGUCAGUGUCGUCAUUGUCUUGUACCCUAAAAACCUUGUAUAUAUUAGAGAGAUGCCCUUUGUAUAGCUCUGUUCGAAUUUGCUGGAGUGGACUUAAAAUUAAGUUAAUCCAAUCAUUUGCUGUUAACCCAA